CCGAGAAUGAAAACAAAACGUGCCGGGCUACGCAAUGCCGCCAAAGUCGAGCAGCAAGAAAAACCAGGCCAGUUGGUACCACUGCGAGUCCUGUGGCGUCCACAUUCCCUCCAAGGCGAGGGAUAGCCAUGAGGGUUCGUGCUCCGCCAUCAGCCAGGAUGAGGUGGGUACCGAUUCCGAGGCGGAGUACGUGCGCAGUGGGGCGAUCUUCACGAGAAGCCUCCAGCAGCGGAACUUUGAGGUGGAGUCACUGAAGGAUUUAUCGGCCAAGUAUGCCAACAUGCUGAUCUUUGUCUCCGAAGGCGCGAUGCAGUUAGCCCAGCUGCACAUCGGCCAACAUGUGGUGCUGGAAGCUCCUUCGGCGGCGGAACAGCCGCUGGUGAGGAUUGUUUGGCCCAUAUCAGAGCAAUUCCUGACCACAGUAUUUGUGAGCGAAGGUGACUUCAAACUCCAUUGCACUCAGCUGCGGGGAAAGUUUCUGAAGAUCUCUGCCUUGGACCCAGGUCGCCUCACAACUGCUGCCAGCAUUUCUCUAAAGCAUCUGAACAGCACAGGGAGCCCUCUAAGUCCCCCACAGCUUCAGGACGCAUUAGCCCUUCUUAAAAGAGACAUGGUCAAUAGAGUUUUUUGCGAGGGUAGUCAAGUACUCAUGAAUUUCUUCAACAAAUCUCUGACUUUUCGGCUGGAACGCUGGCAAGGUACCGUAGAAAAAGCUCUAGCUGGUCUCAGUCUGGACUCCAAGCCUUCGCAGUUUGUGCAGGUUACCAACACCACAAAACUGCAAUUGAUGGCGGAAAAUACAGGCCAGCAGCAGCAGGAGCAGAAGAUUAGCCUUCGGGUGACCAAAUCCCAAAUAGGAGGGCUGGAUAGGCAAUUGCAGCUGGUCGAGGAGAGCAUGGAAUACUCUUUGGGCUUCCGGACAUUGCCUGCAGGUCUUCGAGUAUCUCGUGGAUUGCUUGUUUACGGUGCCACUGGCUGUGGAAAAUCAAUGGUUUUGGAAGCCAUGUCUGCAGUGGCAGAAGAGCGCAGCCAAGGACACGUCCAACUGAUUCGCAUCAACAGUGGCGAAGUCUACAGCAAAUUCUUGGGCGAAACCGAGCAGAAGCUGGCGGCUAUUUUCGAGCGUGCCUACAAUCACUACCCGCACCCAACUCUGCUGCUGAUUGAGGAUGUCCAUAACUUGUGUCCGAAGCAGGACGGCAGCGAUCUUGUCAAACGCGUUUCGUUGUCUUUUCUUUCCAUGCUGGAUCAGUUGAGCUCGCCCAGUCAGCUAAAGGGAAGCAAAACCUUCGUGCUGGCAACCAGUUCACAGAUUGAGGCUCUGCAUCCCAGCAUUCGGAGAGCUGGUAGAUUGGACAGUGAAAUUGAAUUAUGUGCUCCCAGUUCCGAGGCAAGGAGAGACAUUAUAAGAUGCCUCAUUCAGUCGUUGGAGAAUAAGUUGAGUGAAAAGGAAACCGAGCAUAUAGCAUCUAUAACCCAUGGCUACGUGGGAGCAGAUCUAGCAAAUCUGGUUUACGCUGCCAUGCUACAAGCGCAGCCAAAACCCCUCGACUUGAUGCAUUUACAGGCUGCUUUGACCCGCAUCAAACCGUCAGCGAUGCGUGAAGUCCUUAUAGAGUGCCCCAAUGUUCAGUGGUCAGACAUUGGUGGCCAGUCGGAGCUCCGAUUGGCGAUGCAGCAGGCCAUCGAGUGGCCACUGCUUCAUGCUGAGAAGUUCCAGCGGCUGGGCAUUAAGCCACCAAGAGGAAUUCUCAUGUUUGGACCCCCGGGCUGUUCCAAAACAAUGAUUGCCAAGGCCCUGGCCACUGAAAGCAAGCUUAACUUCCUGUCCAUCAAGGGCCCAGAGCUCUUUUCAAUGUGGGUCGGCGAAUCGGAGCGAGCGGUGCGUGAGGUGUUCCGAAAGGCUCGGCAGGUCGCUCCCGCUAUAGUGUUCUUUGACGAAAUCGACGCCAUUGGCGGCGAGCGAGCAGAGGGCGACGGUUCCGGCUCCGGCUCAUCCGUAAAGGAGCGCGUUCUUACCCAACUACUCACCGAAUUGGAUGGCGUGGAGGCCCUGCAAAAUGUUACCAUUGUGGCAGCCACGAAUCGACCAGAUAUGAUUGAUAAGGCGUUACUUCGACCGGGGAGAAUCGACCGAAUUCUUUAUGUGGGCUUGCCACAGAGUGAAGCUCGUCGGGAAAUUUUAAAGAUCAAACUGCGUUCCAUGCCGAUUUCUGAGGAAGUGGACAUGGAGAGGUUGGUGCAGAUGACGGAGGGAUAUUCAGGAGCGGAAAUCCAAGCCGUGUGCCAUGAGGCUGCUCUGCGGUCCCUGGAGCAAAGCUUUGAGGCGGAACACGUAAAGUGGGCAGACUUUGAGCACGCAUUAGAAUCAGUUCCUCCACGGACCAGCCCAGAGCUUCUGAAACUCUAUGAAGAUUACCUCAAACGAAAGUAAAGUUAGAUCAAGAGGAAUGGUUGAUAAUAGCCUUAAGUUAAAAGGUAUCCACUUGUUUAUAAAACUAUAUGGAUAAUAUGUAAACUUAAUCCGGCACAUUUUAGGGGGAACACCUCAAGCACUUACAUCAGGCUAGAAAAAAUUUAAAAAUAUGUUUUACGAACAUUUAUAAAUGAGAAUAUCACAAAGAGAACUUUUAUUUGUAUGAGAGGUCGACAAUAAGAUUAAUAUUCAAGUGGGUAAAUAUUGUGAAUAAAACAAAUUGGCUUUGCAUAGCA